AUGGCUGCAGGACUGUCCCGAUGUCUCACGAGCAGGAGCGGCGGCUGGCGGCUGCCUUGCCCCAUCGCCGUGGUCCGGGUCCGCUCCAGGUUGAGAAGCUCCUCCUCUGCCCCGGAGGUCCUCUCUGCCCUCCAGGACAAACCUCGGACUCUGAAGGACCUGCCACACGUCAGCCCCUUGGAGAUGAUCUACAGGAUUGUGUUCCAGGGUUUCUACAAGCGUGUGCACGAGUUACAGAUCCAUGAGAAGCGGUGCUAUGGGCCCAUAUACAGGGACGGGAUGAGGGCGGUGUCCGUGAACACGCCACAGCUGCUGGAGGAGGUCAUGAGGAACGAUGACAAGUUCCCCUGUCGAGGAGACAUGUCCCUGUGGAGAGACUAUCGGGACAUGAGAGGAUUUGGCUACGGGCCUUUCACGGUGGAGAGCGAGCAGUGGCACAACCUGAGGGCGACGCUGAACAAGCGCAUGCUGCACCCGAAGGACUCUGCCCAGUACGGUGGAGUCAUCAGCGCUGUGGUGACAGACUUCAUCCAGAGGAUCCACUGUCUGCGGCAGAGCAGCCCCACAGGAGACCUGGUGACCAACGUGUCCAAUGAGCUCUAUCACUUCUCACUAGAGGGUAUUGCUUCCAUUCUGUUUGAGACCAGGCUCGGGAGUCUGGAAAAGGAAAUUCCCGCAGGUACACAAGACUUCAUCAAUGCCAUAAGUGAGAUGUUCACCAACAGCUUGCCCGUGAUGUUGACGCCCAAGUGGAGCCGCAACCUGCUGCCCUACUGGAGACGCUACAUCGCCGGCUGGGACGGCAUCUUCACUUUCGCUAAAGUGCUGAUUGAUAAGAAGAUGGAGGACAUCCAGUGGCGUGUGGACAACAGACAAGAGCUGGAGGGAGAAUAUCUCACGCACCUCCUCGCCAACACUGAGAUGAGCCUGAAGGACGUGUACGGCAGCAUCACCGAGCUGCUCCUAGCGGGAGUGGACACGACGUCCAACACCCUCACUUGGACUUUGCACCUGCUGUCCCAGGACCCCCAAAUCCAGGACAGACUUUAUGAAGAAGUGUCCACACUCGUCCCAGCGGACCGGACCCCCUCCGCGGCUGAGGUCACUCGGAUGCCAUAUUUAAGGGCUGUGAUCAAGGAGGCCCUGAGGAUGUACCCGGUGGUUCCUAUAAAUGGGAGGGUCAUUGCAGCAAAGAGCGUUGCGAUUGGUGGAUAUCAAUUUUCUAAGAAAACUACUUUCACGCUCUGUCACUACGCCAUCAGUCACGAUGAAGACGUGUUCCCGGAGCCGUUCACAUUCAGGCCGGAGAGAUGGCUCCGCGAUGGCCGCCAGAUGCCACACCCCUUCGGCUCCAUCCCCUUCGGCUUCGGGGUGAGAGGCUGCGUCGGCCGGCGGAUCGCUGAGCUCGAGAUGUACAUGGUUUUGUUUCAGCUGAUCAGGCUUUUUGAAAUCAGACCCGACCCCACGAUGGGAGAGUUGAAAUGCGUCAGCCGCACCGUCCUGGUUCCAGAGCAGCAAGUGAACCUGCACUUUGUGGAGAGACCACGUGAAAACGCAGCUUGAUCUGUGUUUGGUUCUAAAGCAAAUGUUUCAUCUGAGUGUUUGUAUUUGUUUUAAAGACGAUGUUUACAUCUUUUAAAAUGUAUUCUGUUGGUUUUUAAGCUUUGACCUUUUGUGAUGUUAACGAUGAAAAAUCCCGGGUUAAUGAUCUCUGCUCCCUUCUUAAUGAGCUGCUGGCAUGUUUCC